GUCUUUCGCUGCACAGGGCAUGAAUGUCUACUACUACUUUUUCACGCAGCGCACCUCGCUGAACCCGUGGGGAGACUGGAUGGGCGUGAUGCACGGCGACGAGAUUGACUACGUGCUCGGCAACCCCAUCAACCAGAGCCUGCACUACACGGCGGCCGAGGCCAACCUCAGCCGACGCAUCAUAGAGCACUACGCCAACUUCAUCCGCACGGGGAGCCCCGUCCGUGAGGGCGUCAGCUGGCCAAUAUACUCCCGAAACCAGCCGCAGUACUACAUCUUCGACGGACGCGUGCGGGGGCUGGGCAACGGGCCGCGCGCCACCGGCUGCGCAUUCUGGAACGAGAUGAUGCCCAGCCUGCGGGAGACGCUGCAGCGGCCCCAGCCCGGGCGCGGACUACUGCGGCGUCGGCCCUCCGCGGGGGAGGCGGCGCUCUCCGCCUGGUGGGCCGUACCCUGGAUCGUCAGUCUCAUCGCCUUCAUGGCCUGAUGCCGGCGACUGGCUGCCCCUUUCGUCGUGCCCUCGGCCUCCUCCGCGGCCGCGGG